GUUCUUUCUCUCUCUUUUCCGGACUCGAGACUUUCAGCAUGAGCACUUUUGAAAAGGUGGUUGUCAUUGACGGUAAGGGUCACCUCCUCGGUCGUCUCUCCUCUAUUAUUUCCAAGCAGGCUUUGAGCGGCCAAAAGGUCGUUGUUGUUCGUUGUGAAGAAUUGAACGUCUCUGGCGAGUUCUUCCGUAACAAGCUCAAGUACCACGCCUACCUCCACAAGCAGAACCGUGUCAACCCUCGCAAGGGUGGUCCCUUCCACUUCCGCGCCCCCUCGCGUAUUUUGUACAAGGCCAUCCGUGGUAUGAUUCCCCACAAGACUGCCCGUGGUGCUGCUGCCCUUGAGCGCAUCAAGCUGUUCGAGGGUGUCCCCCCACCCUACGACAAGGUCAAGCGCAUGGUCAUCCCCGAUGCCCUCCGUGUCCAGCGCUUGAAGCCUGGCCGCAAGUACACCUCGCUUGGCCGCAUCUCGCAGGAAUACGGCUGGAAGUACCAAGAUGUCGUUGCUAAGCUCGAAGAGAAGCGCAAGGCCAAGUCUGCUGCUUACUACCAGCGCAAGACUGCUUUGGCUGCUGUUGAGAAGAAGGCCGUUGCUUCCAAGGCUGAUGCCGUCAAGGAUAUCAACGCUUCGCUUGCUGCCCUUGGUCACUAAUUCUUCCUUAUUCUUAUAAAAUAUAAAAAAGUCAUUUGUAAAUCCACUGCCAGAAAAAGAAAGUUUCUUUUGGUUUUCUUGGAAAUUGGAAGGGAGCGAAU